AUGGAUCAUCUAUCUUCUUCCUCGUCGGCGGCGGCGGGCACUACUACCUAUAUCCAGCAAUCUGUCAGCACCUUCCAGCAGGAUGUUCCUAGACAAACCUACACGACUGCCGGUACCAUCUACAACCCCAGUACCGCCCAGCAGCUCCAGCCUCCCGUUCGUCGCGGCCGCACUCUCAAGUGGCCUGCCCAGGGAGCCGCUGCUUCUGAGCUGUCUCUCUUUCCCAAGUCAGUUCUUGCCGGCUUGCCUCUCAAGUCCCAGAAUCUCGUCACUACACCCACCAGUCCUCGCCCACCUCAGAUUCCCAAGUACUCGCCUCUUCAGCAGAACUACGACCGCGCCGUCAGCCCUCUCACCGACUACAGCCUUGAGUCUCCGAAUGAAUUGGACGCCCCAAGCAUUUCGUCUUCCUCUCUCAUGCCAUCUUACAGCAUGGAUAGGAAUCAAGCCUCACCAGCUGCUGCUGCCAUGCCUACGCCUGUCGUGAAGAAGCAUGUCGAUGCCAACUCGACUGACAAUGAAGACGAUGAGAGCUCUGGCGAGAAUCCUCUUCGAGGCCUGACUGUCAAGUCUCUCCACAACUUGGCAUCAUACCCCAAUCCGAACCAGAAGAGAGCUCAGAGGGCCCUUCUUCGUUCUCGGCCGGGUGCAACGCCGGCUCCAUCUGCUGGCAACAUCAGCCGCACAGCCACUCCGUCUUACGGAGCCCAGACCUUUGAGGGUUUCGAUGUGGGAAAUGACGGCUCACAUUCUCCUGCUCUAUUCCAUUCUGCCAAGACGGAUCCGAACGACAUUCUCAAGAUGAAAGCCGAUACAUCAAGCCAUGGCCCUGACAACUCCGGGCACAUCAACUGCACAGGCCCGCCCCCUGGUCUUUUCCCAGCAGCCACUAUCCAGAGAGAUCCCCCACAGGCAGCAUACAAGUCUACUCUUGCAACUGGCCCAGGCGCUCCUCGUCCCCUGACUGCAGGCCCCCCGGGUCACCGACAGUAUCGGACAUCAACGUUCGAAACCACGAUGAAGGCCCUCAACAAUGGCCCGAAAGAGAUGCCGCUCGACGGACUCUUGUCGGGUCAAACGACUUUGGGUCCGCAAAAGCACAUGACACUCGAACCCAUGAGGUCCCGGGGCGCAGAGACACCCAUUCAUCUUAAAAGCCCACUCGAAUCCCUUCUCUGCGGCUCUACACCCGACACAGACGACUGCUUCCAGGACGUCGUCGACGAGGCGCGAAAAGUGUCUGAUCAACAGAUGGAGAAGGUUCUAGAGUUUAUCAAGCUUGGACAGAACAUGAACGAAGCCACAAGCCGUGCUCAGGCUGCAUCCGCCAUGCCUAUAGUCUCUAGUGAUGACUGGCAAGCCGACUAUCCCAAGACCGCUCGGCCUCCCUGGACGGAGGGUACGUGGGCCAUUACGGAUGAUGCGCUCCAGAAACGCAACGAGAGAAUCAGCCAGCUAUUUCAUGCGGGCACAGGCGCGCUUGGCAAAUCAAUGAUGGCUGUUAUCCAGGAAAAGGAAUUCCGUGACUUCAAGCGCCAGGUCGGUGUCAUCGGUGACCGACGACCCAAGGCCAAGGCUGAGAAGACUGAGUACCCGCCCAUCAAGGUCGCUCAGCUGAACAACAUGUCGGUCUCGGAGGCGACAGAACCCUUUCUCACCAUGGCCUAUUCUGCCCUGGUGAACCACCAGGAGGGAGCUCACGAUCACCCUCAAUUCCAUCAGUGGGAAGACCCAGACCCACGCAUGGUCGACAGGUCUGCUCAGGGUCUCCGAUCAGUGUAUAGACGUGUGGCUCCAUGUCACGUGCAAGGACCCCACACCCAUGUUCGCAACGCUAUCCACCAGGCGUCAGGAGCAGCCAACUGUCCCAUUCGAAGUCACCGACGCCGACCUCAAGCAGUCCGCCAAAAACCGCUGCCCAACAUGAGCUACGGCAAGAAAGACGAAGAUGCGGAUUUGGGCCUGGUGAAGGUGGACAGGACCCAGGUUUUCCAAGAAGCACGACUAUUCAACAGCUCCCCAAUCCAGCCGCGAAGAUGUCGAAUCCUCCUUACCAAGAUUGCCCUUCUGCUCUACACGGGCGAGAAGUUCCCCACAAACGAAGCGACGACCCUUUUCUUCGGUAUCUCGAAGCUGUUCCAGAAUAAAGAUGCCAGCUUGCGACAGAUGGUCCACCUUGUCAUCAAGGAGCUGGCUCACUCGGCCGAGGAUAUUAUCAUGGUCACCAGCACCAUCAUGAAGGAUACAGGAGGCAGCACCGAUGCCAUCUUCCGACCCAACGCCAUCAGGGCCCUGUGCCGCAUUAUCGAUGCGACCACAGUUCAGUCCAUUGAACGUGUGAUGAAGACGGCAAUCGUCGACAAGAACCCCUCUGUAUCUUCCGCGGCUCUCAUUUCCUCCUACCACCUUCUCCCGAUCGCCAAGGAUGUCGUCCGCCGCUGGCAGAGCGAGACGCAGGAAGCUGCGGCCUCCACCAAGUCCUCCAGCGGCUUCUCCCUGGGCUUCUCCUCGUCGAGCGGCCAAUUGCCCGCCAACAACUCCACUAUGCCCCAGUACCACGCCAUUGGUCUGCUAUACUCGAUGCGCAUGCACGACCGCAUGGCGCUCGUCAAGAUGGUGCAGCAGUUCGGUGCCGCUGGUGCUGUCAAGAGCUCUGCGGCGAUCGUCAUGCUCGUCCGUCUGGCUGCCCAGCUGGCCGAGGAGGACCCGUCGCUCAGAAAGCCCAUGAUGCAGCUACUGGAUGGCUGGUUGCGCCACAAGAGCGAGAUGGUCAACUUCGAGGCCGCCAAGGCUAUCUGCGAUAUGCGAGAUGUCACCGACGCCGAGGUCUCCCAGGCCGUCCACGUUCUCCAGCUUUUCCUCACCUCCCCCCGCGCCGUCACAAAAUUCGCCGCUCUCCGAAUCCUCCACAACUUCGCCUCCUUCAAGCCCAACGCCGUCAACGUCUGCAACCCCGACAUCGAGCUCCUGAUCUCCAACAGCAACCGAUCCAUCGCCACCUUUGCCAUUACCACAUUGCUCAAGACCGGUAACGAGGCUAGCGUUGAUCGCUUGAUGAAGCAGAUUUCUGGUUUCAUGUCUGAGAUCACGGACGAGUUCAAGAUUACCAUCGUUGAGGCCAUCCGCACGCUCUGCUUGAAGUUCCCCAGCAAGCAGGCCGGUAUGCUUGCUUUCUUGAGUGGCAUUCUCCGUGACGAGGGUGGGUACGAGUUCAAGCGCGCCGUUGUCGAGAGCAUGUUCGAUUUGAUCAAGUUUGUACCGGAAUCCAAGGAGGAUGCGCUUGCCCACCUUUGCGAGUUCAUCGAGGACUGCGAGUUCACCAAGCUGGCGGUUAGAAUCCUUCACCUUCUCGGUCUCGAAGGACCCAAGACCUCUCAGCCUACGAAGUACAUCCGCUACAUUUACAACAGAGUGGUUCUGGAGAACGCCAUUGUGCGUGCCGCCGCUGUCACUGCUCUUGCCAAGUUCGGUGUCGGCCAGAAGGAUCCCGAAGUCAAGCGCAGUGUUGAGGUUCUCCUUACCAGAUGUUUGGAUGAUGUGGACGAUGAAGUCAGAGAUCGUGCAGCGCUCAACCUCAGACUCAUGCACCAGGAGGAUGAGAUCUCUGAGAAGUUUGUCAAGAAUGGUACGUUUGAUGCGGGUGAUUGUGUAGAUUUCCUUAUUGACCCCUCUACAGACAGCAUGUUCUCUCUGCCGUACUUUGAGCACCAGCUCGUCAUGUAUGUCACAUCAGAGGACAAGUCCGCAUUUGACAGCCCCUUCGACAUCUCUCAGAUCCCUGUCGUUACUCGCGAGCAGGCAGACGCAGAGGACCGGACGAAGAAGCUCACGGCAACUGCCCCGUCUCUCAAGCCUCCCAAGGUUGGCCCUACAAAGGCCGCUGCAGGUGGCGCGGAGGCUGCUGCAUCUGCAACUGCUGCUUCUCAGCGUUACGCCCAGGAGCUGAUGCAGAUCCCCGAGAUGAAGGAGUUUGGCAGCGUGCUCAAGUCGUCGCCUGUUGUCGAGCUUACCGAGUCAGAGAUGGAGUACGUCGUUACUGUCGUCAAGCACAUUUUCAAGGAGCACAUUGUAUUCCAGUACGAAGUUAAGAACACGCUGGAUGCGACCGUUCUUGAAAACGUGUCCAUCGUGGCGACGCCUUCCGAAGAGGAGGAGCUUGAGGAGGUUUUCAUCAUCCAGGCUGACAAGCUUCCCACAAAUGAACCCGGUAAGCUGUACGUGGCCUUCAAGAAGGUCAACGGCGAGGGCUCCAUGCCCGUUAGCAGCAUCUCCAACGUGCUCAAGUUCACGAGCAAGGAGAUUGAUCCCACAACAAACGAGCCAGAGGACACUGGCUACGACGACGAGUACGAGGUGGCCGAGUUCGACCUGUCAGGCAGCGACUAUGUCAUUCCGACAUUCGCCAGCAACUUCAAUCACAUCUGGGAGCAGGUGGGUGCGGCCGGUGAGGAGGCCGAGGAGACUUUGCAGCUCAGCAGUAUGAAGAGCAUAGCAGAGGCAACGGAAGAAUUGGCAAAGGUGUUGUCGUUGCAACCCCUGGAGGGUACAGAUGUGCCCGUCAACCAAACGACACAUACGCUCAAGUUGCUCGGAAAGACUGUUGGCGGCGGCAGGGUGGUGGCUAACAUCCGGAUGGCAUACUCGUCCAAGUCUGGUGUGACGACCAAGAUCACGGUUCGCAGCGAGGAGGAGGGCGUAGCGUCGCUUGUUGUUGCAUCGGUUGCUUAA